CAUGUGCGACCUCUAGGCUGGAGCCGGGCCUCAAGGCGGCACAGCCCCUCGUCUUUCUUCUGUUUGUGACGCGCUGAAUCGCGCUGGUUCGUUUCAGCCAAUCCGCCAGUGACGCGCGGUAGCACGCGUCCCUCCUUCAUAGAUCGCGCCUCCCUUUGAUCGGUGACGCCAGCCGCCGCCGAUACUCUCGCCAUCUUCCAUCUCGAGACGAGCGGCCCCCCGGCAGAGCAGGUCGCGGUUUCUCACUCCACGUCCGUAUGCAUCGUCGCCAGCGCCUCUCCCUCCUCUCACACUUGAUCCAAUCACCCUGCACGCGUGCGAGCUUUGCUUCGUACGCGCAUGGUCGCUUCGCUGAUGGCACCGCGCCGCGACGUUUCGAGCAGAGGCUAUAUUUCGCAUCGCACUCGGUGCUGUGAUGUUCCACCAUUCGCGGGCACGAUCCCAUAGGUUGGCCUUUCAUGUGUUAUGUUUCGAGGGCGUCACAAUCUUCCAUUGUGUGCCCAGCCUAUCCCGCUUGCCCAAAGUUUCGACAUGGUGAGACCACUCUGAUCAUGUCCACUCUAUCUUCAAUGAGAUGAAAUCACCUGGAAUCCUGCUGUUUGAACGUAUGCCUUGU